AUGAACCCUCCAGAGACCCUGGGGCAGGCCCUCUCCGUCUACCGCAGCCGCCUGGGCUCGAGCUUCGAGCAGGGGCCUCCCCGGCUCGUUCGGCGCGGUAGCCGGCGGCGGUGGAUGUGCAAGCGGGCGCUGCCGAGCGAAGUUCAGCUGCUCCAGCCGACUUACCGCCCGCGGGGGUUGACGGCUACCGCUGCUGGGCUGCCGCCGAGCUUCCGGGCCGCGGGCCCCGCUGCCGCGGGCCGCCGCAGGGUGCUGACCGAGUCCGCGGCCCAAAACUCGCUGACCUCCAGGCCGCGCCGCAAGUCAGCGAGGCGCGCGGGGGGCCUCGAGGAGACCGACGAGGGCGAGGCUUCGAACGAUCACGAGUCCGAGGGGAGCUGCGAGAGCGUGUCUCAGGCGUUGAAACUUGGGCCGCGGGCGGCGAGGCGCAUGGGGAAGCGUGCGAACCUGGGUCCGAGGAGGGGGCCUACCCACCUGGAGGGGAAGAGCGCGACGCCGAGGGCCAUGGACACUUACGGGCGCCGCGUCAGGAUCGCCCCGGACUUCGCGCGGAAUUUCGAGCUGGCCGCCAGCGGCGCCGAGAACGUCGACCGGCUGCCGACCCAUCUCACGAACCCGCGGUACCGCGACGGAGAGCACAGCAAUUCUGGCGUCAAGCUGCUGGCGGCCUGGAUGGUAAUCUUCCCCGAUUAUGGCAAGUACGGUACCCGGCUGGAAGCGGCUGGUGCCUGGCCGCACGCGGAAGCCCCUACCCUUUCCCAGUUGUGGUUGGCUUGGUGUCGGCGCCGAUGCGUCUGA